AUGGAUUUCAGUGGCAAAGUGGUUAUAAUCACCGGCGCAAGUUCUGGUAUCGGCGCGGCUACGGCCAAGUACCUCACAAACCUCGGCGCAAGCUGUGUUCUCGCGGCUCGAAAUGAAUCCAAGUUGGCCGAGGUCCAGGCAGCUUGCAAGGCUCUCGGUAAAGUAGACCCUCUCAUCGUCGUGACGGACGUGACGAAGCCGGCAGACAACGAGCGGUUGGUGAAGUUGACCGUUGCCAAAUUCGGACGCAUCGAUGUGCUGGUGAAUAACGCAGGGAAAGGUGCUUUUGGUACUAUAGAGACGGCCGACAUCGAGCAGUUCGAAGACAUCCUCAACACGAACCUCAAGUCGGUAUUCACCCUGACAAAGUUGGCCUUGCCGCAUCUGCUCGCGAGCAAAGGGAAUAUCGUUAACGUGUCCAGCGUUGCCGGAACGAACUCCUUCGCAAAUGCUCUUUCGUACUGCGUGUCUAAAGCGGCGUUGGAUCAGUUCACGCGCUGCACCGCCCUCGACUUGGCUCCGAAGGGUGUCCGUGUCAACUCUGUCAACCCGGCGGUCAUUAUAACAGACUUCCAGCUGACCAUGGGUAUGGACAAAGACGCGUACGCCACCUACCUUAAGAACUGUGAAUCGACCCACCCUCUUGGCCGCGUCGGAACCGGUGAAGAGGUGGCGGCCUCGAUCGCCUUCCUGGCGUGCGACAAAACUGCUAGCUUCACUACCGGAACCUGUCUGUUCGUGGAUGGCGGCAAGCACAUCCUAACGCCCCGAUAAAACGAUCAAACCAUCGCGCGUGAUGAACUAAGCGAAAUAAAAGUG